AUGGGAAAUUCACCACUGCAAGCAAUUGUUAAUAAUGAUAUUGCAACAUUAUCAACAUUACAAUUACAAGAUUGUAUUAAUGAUUUACAAACUGAUCGUAAAACAAGUUUAUUAGCAAUUGCUUGUGAAAAAUCAAAUUUAGAAAUUAUAAAGAUUUUAUUAUCAGUUCCAAAUAUUAAUGUUAAUUUAGGACAUAAACCACCUUUAUAUAUUGCAUGUGAAAGAGGAUCAGAAGAAAUUGUAAAAUUAUUAUUAAAUAUACCUACUAUAAAUGUAAAUCAAGAAUAUACUGGAUUAACAGCAUUAUGUAAAUCAUGUAAAUUAGGAAAUAUUUUAAUUGUUAAACAAUUAUUAAAUAAUUCAAAUAUUAAUGUAAAUUUAGGU